AUGUUUUCAGACGAUGAAUCCGAGAAAUCACAGCCCAUCCUCGCAGCACAAGGACCAGACUUCUCCAUGCCUCUGCUAGACGAUGACUCUGGAGCCGGUCCCUCAACAAGUGGCGCCGCCAGUUCCAGCGGUGCCGCACCAGGUUCGCGGGUCGAGGACAACCGCCUGUCAGGAGAGGCCGUGUUAGCUGAGUCUGACAGUGACACCUCAUAA